AGUGAAUGCUGAGUCCAAUUCAGAUCCAGAUACACAGUCUAAGCAAAAGUGGCUGAAGAGAUCCGUGAAGCCCCUCAGCACCGUAAAUACUUUCUGGGAACAGACGAGGGAGUUGCGUAUGGUGGAGUUGACAUCCAUUGGAGACAAAAAUGUAAUCAGCAAUUAUUUUGAGUUAUAUAAAGUAUUAAAAUUGGACGCAGGACUUGACUUGCUGAUAAGGGAUUUUGAUGCAUUGCACCCAGACUUUAGAGACACUUUCGUUAUCGAGUGGCAGAAUCUCGUUACUAGUGUAAAGAACUACAUAGAUGACAAUCUAUGUAAGAAAGUAGAGUUAGCUGCCUUGGAGAUAGAUUUAGAGGUCGAAGAAGAUGAUUAUCGCACAAUCAACACUGCUCGGGCAAUCGGCAAUCUCAUAAAUAUUCGGAGACAGAUUAAGGCAGCCAAAGAAGCGUGGAAGCCUUCUCAGAAAGAAUUAGCCGAUGGCAUGUUCUAUGUUGUCCCUGCUAGCCUUGGGCUGAAAAAAGGUGUUGCGGCAAGAACUGAACUGUACAACACCCAUGGACUGCCUUUGACGCCGUAUGCUGUUGCUGUCACUUCAGAUGAUAAAAAUUUGUCGUUCUAUGUGUGUAUCAAUGGAUACACUUAUCAAGUCGAAGACGCCAUAACUGCACUGAGCCAUUGUUUUAAGAUUUUUCAGCUUUUUAAAACAAACUAUCCACAUGAAUCUAAAAUUUCAUGGUAUUUUUUGCAGAAAGUGGUUUGCAAGUUUCACACCCCUUUAGAUGAGGAUUUCAAAGUCAUUGGAAUUUGGGCUUCCAGGUUAGGCUUCAACAGCACUGAGCCAUCGUCUUAAUAUUUUUCAGAUCUAAG